AUGUCUCCUAAUCGCUCUGCUGUCCACAUUCCCCAAACCCCAGCGGUCCUCGACAGUGUCCGCCUGCGCGACAUCGAGCUGCCUCUCCCCGCCGCUCCAGACCCAUGGCACCGUCCCGACAAAGCUCAGCCCGCUACAGCAAGUCUCAAGCUCUCCUACUCGUCCGCUAUUGCAGCCGCCGCUGCCGACGACGUUUCCCUUUCCCUUGACUAUGGCAAGCUCUUCCGCCGCCUGGAAGCCGAUAUCCGCGACAUGGCACACCAUACCACGUCGCCGGAGCACCCGCACCACCGCAUGAUCAGCAUCGACGGCACGCAGCGCGAGGAGAUGAAAGUCAGCGCCGUCGGUCAGGACCCGCGCGUGACGGCCGGCAUCGUGGCCAACGCUGGUCUCGCCCUGCUGGACGAGACCGCCGCCGCUGUCCGCCGCAUGGCCCACGUCCACACCAGCCCGCGCUCCAGCUUCUCCGGCGCGCCGGUGCCCGCCCCGCCUAACGCCCCGCCCGCUAUCGCUGGAGAUUUCGGCCAGUGUGAGGUGUGGCUGCAUCUGCCGAAGGCGCUGCUCCGUGCGGAGGAGGGCCUGCGCUACCGUAGCGUCACGGUGUGGGGAUACCGGCCGGGGAUCGACGUGACAGAGGCGGUAGACCCGGCGGCGCGUAGCCCCGUCGUGAUCGAGGAGGAAUUUCGCAUUGAGGGUAUCCGGUGCUACUGCAUUCUGGGGGUGAAUUCGCACGAGCGCGUCGAGAAGCAGGCCGUUAUUGUGUCGCUGGAAUUCAAGGGACCGGGCCAGUUGGCGUGGGGCUCGACGGUGGUUGAUACGUAUCAAGCAAUGACUCGGGCUGUGGCAGAGAAAGUCGACGAGACGACGUUCCAGACUGUCGAGGCACUGGCCACUUUCGUGGCGCGCAUUGUGACGGUGGACUUUGGCAAUGAGCGGGUGACAGUGCGCGUCGAGAAGCCGAGUGCUUUGGCAUUUGUGCAGCGCUCGGGCGUUGAGAUCACCCGGUCACACACUUUCUUCAAUGAUCACGAUGUGGCCAGGAGGUAA